AUGGAUUUCAAGGAAGGAGAUUUGCAUAGUAAUACAUCUAUUGAUGACUGGAAUCAGUGGAAACAAGGCAAUUGUCAACCAAACGAUCGAAAAAACGUACAGCCAGAUCCGAUAACAAACUGCUGGCCAUAUACACCUUUCUCGUCAGCUGAAAUAGGUGAUUCUACUCGGUAUCAUCGAUUAUCUCGGGACGAACAUGACACUAUCGGUAUGAUAGCUUUGGAUCCAAAAGAUGAUAUGGCAGUAGGUAUGUCAACAAAUGGACUGAGUUUCAAGAUUCCUGGCCGUGUAAGCGAUUCAGCCGUGAUAGGAAGUGGCGCCUAUGUUGAUAAUGAAGCGGAUGGAGCAUGUGCUACGGAUAAUGGUGACAUUAUGCAACGUUUCAUCCCAUCAUAUCAUGUCGUUCAACUCAUGCGACAAGGUGAGUCGCCCAGUGAUGCUUGUAUGGAUGCUAUCCGACGAAUUGCUAAGUAUUAUCCAGAUUUUGAUGGUGCUGUAUUCACACUUAGUAAGGAUGGACGACAUGGAACUACCUGUGAUAAUUACGAUUCUUUUCCUUAUGCAAUCAUGCAACAAGACUGGACAGAAUCGAAAGUGAUUGAAAUUCCAUGUGUCAGACGAUCGCGUGGACAAAAACAAGUGCCUUUUUUCUUUCUUUUUGUAUUACUAUACAUAAAGUGGUAG